AUGGCAGUGGAUCAAUUGAUUGAAUCCUGUACGCCAUAUAAUAGGAGAAAUAUUCUCAUUCAUGCAUAUAUCGGUCCAUUUGUUGCUUUAUAUAUUAUAUGGAUUUAUUUAUGGAUAUCUCAUUAUGGAUUUGAUGACUAUUGGGAACUUGGUUGUAUAAUUAUCGCUGUCAUUGGCAUUUUACAGGUUCUAACGAUUCUUUUUUGUCAUUGGCCAAUCACUCUCUGUUAUUUCAUAUUAUUAUUUCAGCAAAGCGAUAUUAACAAAGCAACUAUAAUAAAAGUUGUACCAACUCGUAACAAUGGAUGGUCGGAAAUCAUUCCUUUACAGAGAUCAAAGUUAUUGAAUGGUGAAACAAAAUUGUGGUUCGAAUUUCAAAAAGUUCAUUAUACCUUCGAUCAGGAUAAGAAAUUAUUUAAAGCACUCGAACUUGACACGAAUCAGCCAAUGUCGUAUUUCCAACAGUCAAAAGGUCUGGAAACUGAUGAGGUCAUAUUAGAAACAAAGCAAAAUUUGGGUGAUAACCAUAUGGAAAUGGUAAUUCCAAAAUUUAUGGAAUUAUUCAAAGAACGCGCAACAGCUCCUUUCUUUGUAUUCCAAAUAUUUUGUGUCGGUUUAUGGUGUCUAGAAGAUAUGUGGUAUUAUUCAUUAUUCACUUUGCUGAUGCUUAUGACAUUUGAAGCAACAUUGGUCAAACAACAGCUGAGAAAUAUGUCAGAAAUACGGAAUAUGGGGAAUAAACCUUAUCAAAUUUACGUAUAUCGAAAUAAGCGUUGGAAUCGUAUAAAAACUGAUGAAUUGCUGCCUGGUGAUAUUGUUUCUGUGGGCCGUUCACCAGAAGAAAGAGCAAUACCUUGCGAUCUUUUGUUGUUACGAGGUCCAUGUAUUGUUGACGAAUCUCUGCUCACUGGAGAAAGUGUUCCGCAGAUGAAGGAACCAAUCGAAGAUUUGGAAAAGAAUCGCUAUUUCGACUUCGAUUCUGAUAAUAGGCUUCAUGUUAUUUUUGGUGGGACUAAAAUCGUUCAGCAUACAUCUCCAGCAAAGAAUGAGGCUGGAAUGAAAGCGCCUGAUGGUGGAUGUAUUUGUUAUGUAUUAAGAACUGGUUUCAAUACUAGCCAAGGCAGGCUGUUACGAACAAUUAUGUUUGGCGUGAAAAGAGUGACAGCAAAUAAUUUAGAAACAUUCGCUUUCAUCAUGUUUUUACUUGUUUUUGCUAUUGCUGCUGCAUCUUAUUUAUGGAUUAAAGGUAAUGAAAAUGAAUCGCGCAACAAAUAUAAACUGUUUCUGGAAUGUUCCUUAAUACUUACUAGCGUUAUUCCUCCUGAACUACCAAUUGAAUUGUCACUGGCUGUGAAUAAUUCAUUAUUGGCAUUGCAAAAACUUGGUGUUUUUUGCACAGAACCUUUUCGUAUUCCUUUUGCUGGUAAAAUUGAUAUUUGUUGUUUUGAUAAAACGGGAACAUUAACAAUGGAUAAUCUGAUUGUCGAAGGAAUAGCACCUGCCAGUCAAAAUACGACUGAUGACUGUCCUUUUAUUAUUAAAUCUGCUUCUGAGGCACCAUCUGAAGCAUUGCAAGUAAUGGUGGCAUGCCACAGUUUAGUGCGUUUCGAUGAAGAUCUUGUUGGGGAUCCUCUGGAAAAAGCUUGUCUCAACUGGGCUGAAUGGAAUGUUACCAAAAAUGAUACAGUUAUACCAAGAAAAUCGAAAAUGCUACCUCUCAAAAUCUUUCAUCGUUACCAUUUUUCAUCUGUACUAAAGAGAAUGACAGUUAUCGCUGGAUAUAUGGUACCAGGAACAAGCGAAACGAAACAUAUUAUUCUUGUAAAAGGAGCUCCUGAAACCAUUAAGGAAAUGUAUUCGGAAAUUCCAGCUAAUUAUGAUAAGAUCUAUCGAAAUUUAACAUUACGUGGAGCACGAGUGCUUGCACUUGGUAUUAAAGAAGUUGGUACUCUGUCUUAUCAAGAGAUUCGCACUGGUGCUCGCGAAGAUUUUGAAAAAGAACUCAAAUUUGUUGGGUUUGUCGUUAUUUCUUGCCCACUGAAACCCGAUACCAAGGUUAUGAUGAAGGAAAUCAUUGAUUCUUCUCACAAAGUAGUUAUAAUCACUGGUGAUAAUCCACUGACUGCUUGUCAUGUUGCAAAAGUCUUACGCUUUACUAGGAAAUUACCAAUUUUAGUUUUGGAUGAACCGGCUGAGUCUGAAAACAUAUGGAUGUGGAAGUUUAUUGAUUGUGAUAUGGUAUAUAAUCUAGCACCAAGGUCUAAUGCUGAUUUGGAUGAAUUUAUAUCUCGACAUGAACUUUGCAUUACUGGUUCUGGAUUUGCUCAUUUGUUAGAUAACAAUAUUAGUCUUUUGAGGAAAUUUUUGCCUCAUAUUAAAGUUUUUGCACGAAUGGCGCCAAAGCAAAAGGAACGCAUUAUCAAUGAACUGAAACAACUUGGCUUUAUAACAUUAAUGUGUGGUGAUGGUACAAACGAUGUCGGUGCAUUGAAACAUGCUGAUGUUGGCGUUGCAUUACUAUCUCAUCCUCAUAAUACGACGAAAACUUCAGAGAAACAGAAAAAGGAACAAUCAGAUCCAGAAGCUAUUCGUUUAAAUUCAUCAGCCAUACAGCCAUUAUCUGCAACCACUACACCUAAUUCGAAAAAAUUUUUUAGCCAACAAACUGGGCGAAGAACUGAUGCACCUGUUGGUGCUAGGCAAUCUAGGCACUAUCCGUCGAACACUGCUGUAAAACGACUUGAACAAAUGGUUAAAGAAAUGGAAGAUGAAGAAAAAGCGCAGAUUGUGAAGUUGGGUGAUGCUUCUAUUGCCGCACCAUUCACAUCAAAAUACACUUCCAUUCAGUCUAUUUGUCAUGUUAUCAAGCAAGGUCGCUGUACCUUAGUUACAACUCUGCAAAUGUUUAAAAUUUUGGCACUGAAUGCACUUGUCUUGGCGUACAGUCAGAGCGUUUUGUAUCUUGAUGGUAUUAAAUUUUCUGACGGACAAGCAACUGUUCAAGGAUUACUCCUAGCAGCGUGUUUCUUGUUUAUCUCUCGAUCAAGGCCUUUGGAGACGCUAGCAAAGCAAAGACCGAUUCCAAACAUUUUUAAUGCUUAUACUUUGUUAACAGUUUCGCUUCAAUUUGCUGCACAUUUCGGAUGUUUAUUAUACAUCGUUCAGGAAGCUAAAAGUGCUGAACCACGCACGAAUGUUGAUAUUGAAUCCGAGUUUAAACCGAAUAUUUUAAAUUCUGCGGUAUACAUAAUGGCAAUGGCUCUUCAGGUUUCAACAUUUGCCGUUAAUUACAGAGGUCGGCCUUUUAUGGAAAGUCUUAUCGAGAAUAAGCCAAUGUUAUAUAGUCUUCUCACUUCAGCAACUGCCAUAUUUGCUUUAGUGUCUGGGAUGUUCAAAGACUUAAACGAAAAAUUCGAUCUUGUUGAUUUGUCUUAUGAGGUUAUUUUGCAAUUCUAUUUUCUUUGA